UUUUCCAACUAUUUUGAUGAGUAAUAUUUAGAAAUGGAAAAAAAAAACAAACUAUAAAAUCAAUUAAAUAUGCGAUUAAACCAGUCACCUAAGAUAACCAAGUGUAAAGUCUAAAUAAUAAGCAAUGAAAUGGGAAUUAAACACUCCUUCAAAUAUCAGUAUUCGUACCGUCUAUUGGACUCAAUCGUCCAGGCAGUAAGACACACUAACAUGAAUUUUUUAGCGCAAAUCAUACUCAUCACAAUUAUCGCACUUGUUGUAUCAACGAGAGGCCAAAUUUCGGAGGGCUCUGUAGCGUUGCCAACUUUCCCGGAUGAUAUCGCUGAUGUAGCAAUGUGUGACCAUUUCUGUGAACCUACAACUCCAACGGACACGAAGCCACAUCAAGCACCAAGCCAACAAAAGAAACAGCAUGCCCGGAAGGAAAAACUCACUCCACAGUUAAAGUGAUGUUACUUAAGCGGAAGGAAAUA